GAAUAUGUGGUUAUUUGCCUUGCCUUCUAAUGUUGGGAAAGAGAGCGAGAAGAAGUCAAAGGGAGCAUCUGCUUGGCACACUUGGUUGUCAAUCACCUGCUCUGCUCCAAUCCUGGCCUUCCCUUAGUCCCACCCCCAGCUGCUCAGGUGAGAUUGCCCUCAGGUGCGCUGCUAGGAGCAGAGAUAGAGCAACAGACGCCCAGGGUCAGGAUGGUCCGAGGCUGGCCCUACAAGCUGGAAGCCAUCGGCCUGACCUUGGUGGGCUUCACCGGCUUCUUAUUCCUCCUUCAAAGUGACAAAGGCCCAACCGUCCAGAAGGAGGUAGCCAUAGAGACCUGGACACCCGGCCCCGAAACCACGAGGCAGGCCCUUCGAUCCGCUUGCCGUGCAAACGCCUCAGUGGUCAACAUUUCCAGCUUUGCUGACCUUCCAGCUCAUAUCCAGGAUUUCCUGCGCUACAAACACUGCCGGGACUUCCCCCUUUUGUUGGACACGCCACAAAAGUGUGGCCGGACGGAGGUCUUCCUGCUGCUGGCCAUCAAAUCCUCGCCAGGGAACUACGAGCGCCGGACUGCCAUCCGCCAAACAUGGGGCCAAGAGCGGACCUUCCAAGGGGUCCACAUCCGGAGGGUGUUCCUCUUUGGCGUGGCCCCUGACACCCGCGAAUCCGCAAAGCUCAACCGCCUCCUAGAGCUGGAGGCCUCCGACUUUGGGGACGUCCUACAGUGGGACUUCUGGGACACCUUCUUCAACCUGACCCUCAAGCAGGUCCUGUUCCAUAGCUGGCUGGCGGAGCGCUGCCCAACGGCCAGGUUCAUCUUCAACGGUGACGACGACGUCUUCGCCAACACGGACAACAUGGUGCGUUACCUUUCGGGGGUCCCUCCGGGCCACCUCUUUGUGGGGCAACUCAUCGCCCACGUGGGCCCCAUCCGAGAGAAGUGGAGCAAGUACUACAUCCCGGAGCAAGUGACUGCCGCCAAGAACUACCCUCCCUACUGCGGUGGAGGGGGGCUCUUGAUGUCCGGCUACACAGCUCACGCCGUCCACGAAGCCUCGCAAGCUCUAGAGCUCUUCCCCAUCGAUGACGUCUUCCUGGGCAUGUGCCUCCAAAGGGCUGGCCUGGCACCCGCCUCGCACUCAGGCAUGCGGACUGUGAGCCUGAGGGUCCCCUCCAGUAAUCCCUCUGCUUCCUUUGACCCCUGCUACUACCGGGAACUGCUCCUGACCCACCGCUUCCAGCCCUAUGAGAUGCAGCUCAUGUGGAGGGAGAUCCACUCCAAAAGGCUGCGGUGCGGGAAAAAGGUGGUUGUCUACCCCAAAAUUUGAGGGAAGAAGAGAAGAAGAAAGGAAAGAAGAAUACGCAUCCCAAAGAGAAACUCGGCCCCCAUCUCCUUCUAAGGAAGCUCGGGAUCAAUUAAAAUGGGGACCCAUUUAGUCCAGGAA